ACCAGUAAACCCAGCGUCUUUGAGCGGAAGCCAGGAUCAGUGAGAGCGCCGCUGAAACGCGCCCCCUGCAGGACCGGAAGAGCGUCGCGUCUCCUCGCGCUAACUUCGCCGCCGCCGCCAUAUUAACACAGAGCUGAGAGGUGUUUGGAGCGUCACCCUCGUGUAAAAUCAUUGCAAGAUUCCCCAAGGCUGCCCACAAGUACAAUUUUAGCCCUGACAGGAGCAGCCACACGUCCAGAUCAUGUCCGGCCCUGUCACGAGUCGAUCCCGCGUUUAUCCAGACGUCAACACACAGAGACCGCGGGAAUACUGGGACUAUGAAUCUCACGUCGUAGAGUGGGGGAAUCAAGAUGACUACCAGUUGGUGCGGAAACUUGGCCGAGGAAAGUACAGCGAAGUGUUUGAAGCCAUCAACAUCACAAACAACGAGAAAGUAGUCGUCAAAAUACUCAAGCCAGUAAAGAAGAAGAAAAUCAAGCGGGAAAUUAAAAUUUUGGAGAAUUUGAGAGGCGGCCCCAACAUCAUCUCACUUCUAGACAUUGUCAAGGAUCCAGUGUCUCGAACCCCAGCUCUGGUUUUUGAACAUGUGAACAACACAGACUUCAAGCAAUUGUAUCAAACGUUAUCAGACUACGACAUUCGGUUCUACAUGUAUGAGAUCCUAAAGGUAAGUUCUGUUCUGCACCGGAAAGAGCCUUUUUUCCAUGGACACGACAACUAUGAUCAGCUUGUACGGAUUGCCAAAGUUCUGGGCACAGAGGACCUCUACGACUACAUCGACAAAUACAACAUUGAGCUCGACCCACGGUUCAACGACAUUUUGGGAAGACAUUCCCGGAAAAGGUGGGAACGGUUUGUCCACAGUGAAAACCAGCACCUGGUCAGUACUGAAGCUCUGGACUUCCUGGACAAACUGUUGCGCUACGACCACCAAGCUCGUCUCACCGCGCGCGAGGCCAUGGAGCACCCUUAUUUCUAUACCAUUGUGAAGGACCAGGCGAGGAUGGGCUCCACUUCAGGACUGUCCACUGGCUCCACUCCAGUCAGCACGUCCAGUAUGAUCACAGGAGGCGUCACAUCCAUGUCCUCGUCCCAGCCGAUGGCCAACAUCGCAGGUUCUCCUGUCAUCUCCUCUCCCAGUGCUCUUGCCACACAGGUUCCUGCAGCCACUGGUGCUCAGCCCUGAACAGACUCAAUCAUGCUCUCUUUGCCCUGGGCCACAUUUUUAUGUUGAGUGUAAACAAACGAAAGAGAGACUAAAUUAGGUUUCUUUUUUUUUUCUUUUUUUCUUUUUUUCCAUACAAUAAUUAUAUAUUGAAGCUCGGACACACAGCAGACAGUUGUUAUGUUGUGUCAGUGUCCGGCAGACUUUCCUGAUGAUGGUGUCUAUAUAGAAGCCACUACAGUGUAGAAAUUCAGAAAAAUGGAUAAUAAAAUUUAUUUUAUAUGUCCCUA